GCCCUCUGGCUGCUGUCGGAGCGGCGCUGGUCGGGGCCCACUCUGCUGCUGGCGCCCACUGUGAAGGCGAUGUCCUGUGUCAGCUGCUGUUCGAUGCCGAGGCUGCCACCUUUGCGCAGUGCGGUGCACGUCUUCCAUGCAGAGAAUGAGCGGGCAGAGCUGGGGCAGUGGGGCGUCACAUCUCUUCAAAAUUCGAAAACGAUGUCCGUGGGUUAG